UUACAAUCUCUCUACAAACCCUAAAGGCCGAAGCUUUUAGUGUCUUUAUUCUUCUGAAUCGAGUCGAAGCCAUCACUUUUGAAGACCAAAAAAGAAGAAUGAAGAUUGAUGUUUCUGAGGCAGUGCUAUGUGGUUGCGACACUUUAUCCACUGAAGAAACCGAACCAAGCAAUGUGGUUGACUCGUCCGUUCAACCUCUUGGUUCCACUUUAUCCACUCAAGAAACCGAACCGAGCAAGCUGAUUGAGUCUUCAGAUCAGAGUUCCGGAACAGAGCAGCCUCAACUAGCUCCUCUUCCUGUCACCACCACAUCGGUUAAUCCUGAACCAGCGCCGUCUCAUGCCGAUGCAUCUAUCACACCCACAUCUCCUGUUCAAGCCUCUCCACCAACCAUAUCCAGUUUCCCUCCUCCUGCUGUUAGUUCCGAACCAGCUCAAGCUCCUGGCCCUACCGGUUCAUUGCCAGGUCCUGGUUUUGCUGCUUUCAGUUCCUCGUCAAGGCAAGCUAACGUUACAAACAUUUUCGGUUCAUCUAAUGCUUCCGUACCAAUGGAAGCUCCUCCUUUUGCUUCUGGUUCAUCAACCGCUUCCGCAUCCUCAACUACAUCUCCACUUAGGUGGGGAUCAGUGCAAGCUCCUGUCCAAGCUAAUGGACCCAACACUUCCACCACAUCCUUUCGCUUCUUGCCUGCGCAAGAUUCUGGUUUUCCUCCACAGUUUGGCUACCCUGCUGGUUUUGCCAGACCUGAUGUUGGUGUCUCUCCUUCUGGAUAUUUUGGUGGAAACAAUUUUUCUUCACCCUCAGGCCCUUCCCCAAGAAAUCCAUUCGGAAGCUUUUUACAGCCAGGAUUUGGUGUUGUUAGCUAUCCCCCUAAUCCUUUUGGAACAAUUCCACAAACUAGUUCUUUUUUGGGUGGUGGUGGAACUGAACAAGGUAGUAGGUAUCCUUGUUAUGCACCUACACCAGAUCUUGAUUCUUCUUCUGGAGGUCAAGGCAAGCUGAUUAUCUCCAUAUCUGCGUCCAACUCCCAUGGACAUAAAAGUCAUGAAGAACUGAGGUGGGAGGAUUACCAAAAAGGGGACAAAGGUGGAUUUGGAUGGUUUCCUCCUGCUCAUACAGUGUCGCCCUCGUUAUUUGCUUCUCCAAUCCUACAUGAUCUUCGUCAGAAUCAGAUAAGGACAAUUACUAGGCCAUCGCAAGGAAAGAUGACUGGUUUUCCUUUUGGCUACACCAACCACCCCACUGCUGUUCAGACACCCCAUGAGCCUGCUGGUGUUGGUGUUUCUUCCCCAGCAUCUGCAUGCACAGUGUGUGGAGCCACGAGUAGCUCCUCUCCUUCUGGUCAAGUGGGAUUUAAUGGUACCACAAAUCCUCCAUCAUCAGCUGCCACAACUCUUCCCGGGUUGUUCUUUUCUACCUCUGGUUCUAUGCCUUUGAUGUUUGGCGCCCCAAAUCUUGCAGCUUAUGGUGGUACAGCAACAACUCCAGCAGUUCAGGCAUAUGUUAUGAUAAUUUUACCAAGGACAACAACAACUCCAACAGUUCAAGCCUAUCCUAUGAUGUUUGGAACACCAAAUACAACAACAACUCCAGGAGUUCAGCCCUAUCCGAUGAUGUUUGGAACACCAAAUCUCGUUGGUCAAGGUACAGCAACAACUCCACCAGUUCAGCUCUAUCAUAUGAUGUUUGGAACACCACUUCCUGCUGGUCAAGGUACAACAACAGCUCCAGCAGCUCAGCCCUAUGCUAUGAUGUUUGGAACACAACAACUUGCUGGUCAAGGUACAACAACAACUCCAUCAGCUCAGCGCUAUCCUAUGAUGUUUGGUACACCAAAUCUUGUUGGUCAAGGUACAACGACAACUCCAGCUGUUCAGCCCUAUGCGAUGAUGUUUGGUACACCAAAUCGUGGAGCUCAGGGUAUAACUCCUGCAGCUCAAGCCCAUCCCGUUCAUGGUUUAACUCUCCCAUUCGCCGCCAUGAGUCUUCAGUAAUUGCUCCUCGCUCUCUGCACCAAACUUGUGUCUUUAUCUUAGUUGUUUUAAAGUCUUUGUGUUUGCUUGAGUCAUAAACCAAGUCUCGUCCAACUUUAUGGUUUUUUCUUAGUAAAGAUUC